UUUUUAAAAUUCCAACAAUGAUCUACAUUAAUAAUUAUUUAAAAAAUAUUCCUAAAUACUUUUCAUCAAUUUUCCGAUUAUUUUUAAUUAUUUAUUUUGCCCUACAUUUUGUUAAAGCCGAGCAGAGGAUUGUUGAAGAACCUGAGGAUACUGUAGCCAGAAUCGGAGAGACUGUUUUACUUAAAUGUAGGGUUCAAAAUCAGGUAGAAAAUCUUUUAAAUUUCGAAUAA